CUUGGCUCAGGCAGGCCUCCCCGCAAGACGGUGAAGACACCAACAUUGAGAAUGAAGAAGCUAAACUGGCAGAAGCUGCCCUCCAAUGUGGUGAGAGAAAGUCACUCAAUGUGGGCUUCGGUGAGCAGCAGCAGUGAAGAAACAAUAGAGCCCAAUUAUACAAGCAUAGAGCAGCUGUUUUGCUUUCCACAACCAACCCCCAAGGAGAAAACGGCCGCACCAGUGAAAGCAGAACCAAAGGAGAUCACAUUUUUGGACUCCAAGAAAAGUCUCAAUUUGAACAUAUUUUUGAAGCAAUUUAAAUGCUCCAACGAAGAGGUGGUUGCCAUGGUCCAGAAUGGGGACCGGACCAAGUUUGACGUUGAGGUUCUGAAGCAGUUGCUGAAGCUGCUGCCUGAAAAACAUGAGAUAGAAAACCUGAAGGCCUUCAAAGAAGAGAAAUCAAAGCUAGCAAAUGCAGAUCAGUUUUAUCUUCUUCUCCUUCAGAUUCCCAGCUACCAGCUGCACAUUGAAUGUAUGCUGAUCUGUGAAGAGACCACCGUUGUGCUGGACAUGAUUCAGCCGAAAGCUGAAGCCAUCCGGAGAGCCUGCGAAGAUCUUCUGAACAGUCAUCGCCUGCCGCUCUUUUGUCAACUGAUUCUUAAAGUUGGAAACUUUCUGAACUAUGGAAGUCACACGGGUGAUGCCGAUGGGUUUAAAAUCAGCACUUUACUCAAGCUAACAGAAACCAAAGCAAACCAAACCCGCAUUACGCUGCUCCACCAUAUUCUGGAGGAAGUAGAAAACAGCCACACGGACCUACUGGAACUGCCAAAGGAUCUUGAAAAUGUUUCAAAAGCAGCAGGAAUUAAUCUUGAUAUUAUACGCACCGAGUCCAGUACCAACUUAAAGAAGUUGCUGGAGCUUCAGCGAAAAGUCACAUCAUCAAACGACGAUGUGAAACAGCAGUAUGAAAAACCUAUCCAGGAUAGCAUCGAUGCCUCCAGAAAGCUGCAAGAAGAAUUUGAAACCAUUGAAAGGAAGAGAGAAGAACUUGCAAAUUAUCUCUGUGAAGACCCAAGCAAGUUGUCCUUAGAGGACAUAUUUAGCACCAUGAAGACCUUCAGAGAACUCUUCAUCCGAGCCCUGAAGGAAAACAAGGACAGAAAGGAGCAAGCUGCCAAAGCGGAGAAGAGGAAGAAACAGCUGGAAGAGGAAGAGGGGAAGAGACAGAAGGGAGAGAAUGGAAAAGUCAUUAAGAAGGGGCUGGUGAAGCAGGAGGAGGUGUGUGUCAUUGACGCGCUGCUAGCAGACAUAAGGAAGGGGUUCACACUGAGAAAGACAAAGAACAGACAUGAGUUGGAUUCAGUUCCUAAAACCUUGCCAGAGGAGAGUCCGGAGGAGAGCCUGUCUGGAAAGAUCACUACGGAUCCACAAGCAGUGGGAAAGCAGAUUGAUGAUAAGACCAAGCAAAACAGCGAUGGUCAUCCCUCAGAAAGCACUGCCCCCUCAACCACUGCCCGGAUGGAGACGGGUGGAGAUGUUGCAAAUGCCUCAGCUUCAAACCAGGCAUUAUAUAAAAACAACGCUGGAGGAAAUUUGCCACCAGAGUCCCAAAUGGAAUGCCCCUCAGUAAGCUUGGUGGAAGUUGAUGGGAUCGGUCAGCCUGUGUCAGCCACCGGGAUGGAGCAGGCAGACAGCUGGGCAAGCCUCCAGCCAAACGCAAAGAGCGGCUCCGUUGCCUUCUCUGCUGCUAACAUAGGCACAGGGAUAAGGUUUGCAAGCAGCAGUUCAGGCAUUGCUCUGAGAGACCAAGUCAAUGGGUCCACCUCAGACGGCAAGGACAAGGAGUGCCCAGCUGAAGGCUCAGAGAGCUAUAGGUUGGCACAGGAGUCAGAAAUCCAGCUUAGAGAGGCUGGGGUCGACCCUGGCAGCGCUCAGUCUGCUCCCUGUGAUGAGGCUCAUCAGGCAGAGUUGAAAGACACGGCAAAGGAAAAUGAAGACCCAGGUGCAGACUCGCUGUUGGACACCUCUCAAGAGAAGUCCUUCUCAGAGGAGCCAGCCACUGACUCCUCUUGUUCAGCAACACUCACCCCAGGGCAAACUCACACUGACAGAGAAAAGCAGAGGCCGUCUGGGAAACGGAGGAAGAAGAAGAGGCACAGCAAAAGCUACUCAGCAGAGAUUGAGACUGAUACUGGAGAUAAUAAAACAAAAAAAGGUUGUGUGGUACAAUGA